AUGGCGGAAGAAGAUCAAGAAAGCCAUUUUGAUGAUCCUGAGGAACAGGAACCCAUGAAAGUAUCUGUGACGUUUAAACCUCCAGAACCAGAGAAUGAUGACGCCAAGCUCGUAGAAACCUCUGAAAACCAGACUCCUGAUACUACAUCAACCCCAGAGGACCCCGGACAGGCUGAUGACGCACGUGACUCUGACACGGAGGACAUUCACCUACCCAUAAACCCACCCGUUACACCCAUUCUUUCUUGUGUGAUCCCUGAAAAACUUAACAAUGAAUGCCUAAAUACGGAACAACCCGACGUUCUUGAGGUAAUUGUUGAAUUCAUUUGGUGUUCAAUAGCCCGGGGAAUACUCCCACAACAUUUGGGUGAGGGCUACUGUGUAAGAAGAAUUGUGAAUCACUAGUGAAUGUACGCAACAGGACAGAAGGGGAAAGAAGACGGCAAACCUUGUGUGACAAGCGUGACAAUAAUUUUGUUUGAAAUAACUUUUCGCAAAAAUUCACUUCCCUUUAAACAGAUGUUUUUGUAGAAGAUCUAGUUUGCGAGCAAGCUCUUCAUUUGUGGGAUAUCGUGAAAAGUUGACGCGCAAGGGGCUAGUGAAGAUCACGACAAAACACGCAAGCAAUAGCCUAGUCACGUUCGUCACGCGCAAGCGUUUUGCCGUCCUCUUCACUUCCUCCUGCCGUCCUUUUGCGUAAACUCACUACUAUAUCAGACUAGACCGUUGCUGCGCGCAUACUCUGAGUCAUGCUCUCAGGCUCGUCUGAAAUUUAAGAGGGCCUCCAAAUUGUUUUCAAGAGAUGAACAAAAGUAAAUGAUUUCGUCAUGUAAAAACGAUACUUCAUUCCACACCAAACCGUUUCCCAUUUCAGACCAUUUCAGGAAAAUUGUAAAAUCUGCAUCAAAUUCCAGAGCGCAAAAGGGUUGAAAAUUAGAUGGUAAUGCAAAGCAUGGCAUGAGGUCUAUAAACGUUCAAGUUUCGUUGACUCAUUCAUAUGACGGGGCCAAGUGAAUUCUUUUUAUGAUUUGUCGCACUCAAAAAUCUGUUGAGAUUGCUCAUUUCUUGCUUUCCUCUUCCAGGGCUGGAAAGGCUAUAGCAACAACAUUUACAUUCAGCCAAUCGUAGUGAAUCACGCCACCAGUGACACGUGUCCUUAUCCAGCCAAUCAGAAGUCAAAGCGAAGACUUACUAGUCAAGACCUGAGAAAGCAAAUGCGUCUUCGAGAGGCUAACACCUGGAUUACUAAACACAACGAAAGACUUCGGAGCACAGGGAGUUUACGAUCAAACGCUCAUUUUAACAUCAAGCACGAUCUACAGCAUGUAAACGAACUUUCAAAGCAGGCAAGAUGUAACGACAAGGAAAUGAUAAAACCGAGAAUUCCUGGGGGAACCCUUCACAAAGGAUUUGUCUGCCGAACAUGGGCUGCGAAUUUCCUAGAAAAUAGUGCCACUGAAGUCGAGGACGACGAGUUUAUUCCAUUUUUUGUGCGGAAAUAUGUGGACAACUCAAAAUCUGUAAGUGCCGUGGUAAAGAACGUCAUCACUAGAAAAUCUACGGAAAAGAAGGAAAAUUUACAACUUGCGUCUUUAAAACGCGACAAUAAAGAGCUCACUGAAUCAAAUUCCAACGAAAGCGCGCGCAAGUUAGAAAUCACUUUGGAAGAGAAGACAUUUGAUGACGAAAAUAACAACACCAAAAUAGAAGAUUGUACAAGAGUAUCGCCAGGCGAUUUUAAGAGCCUUCAAAAUAUUUCUGGUCGGUUUGUUUGUGGUUGCAGUGGGACCCUGGCUCAUGAUAUGGAAAUUAAAAGACGUGCUAAAAGUACGUUGCCUACAAGAAAGUAUCUUGUUCAUGCAAGAUCAAACAGUUUUAGAGAGACCCACUGUGUUGCCUUACCAAUCAAACAGUUCCCACCCAUAAACCCGCUGGAGGACAUGAGGAAACCAAACUCUCAAGCGGGGAUAAGGCGGGGAAUUUUACCAGCUCGGAGACCACACACCGUAGACACUGCAAUGGUCUUAAAAGAAGCGAUCGUUGUGAAUGGCCAUUACAAUUUGCCGAAUUACAACAAGAAAAGUGAUUUGCCAAGCAGAGAAGUUUAUCACGAAAGAGACUCCGUAUCACCCUCAGAACAAUAUAGCAAAGACAGAAAGUUGCAUCCAGGGGUGAAGUUUGAUAAAAACUGGUUCGGAAGUAAACACUUUGACGAAGGCCUCAAAAUGCUGUGCCCGAGGUCGGAGGAAGGAAGGAGGGUCAACAAAACACUCGUUAAAAGCGCGACAUCUCAGUGUGCUGUACAUGACAGCAACAAGCGCAUUCAAGAAAGGCGUGGUCGCUGUCGUUCCUUGAGCGUUCCUCCGGGAAAUAACAAGCAGUCGAGAAUGUCGGUUAAAGAAAAUCAAAACGUCAUGUAUGGAAACAGGCUCCCAUUAAAAACUCCACUGUAUUCACCUAACGGUGAAGAUAACGAUUCAGGCACUGACUCAAAUGAUACUGGCCUGGGCAGUGAAAUUGAAUAUGCAUUUGAUGGUUCAGCGAAACUUGAUAUCUACCUUCAACCCAGGGGUACAAGUUUUCGUUAA